GGUUGGUCAACGCUCAGUGGACUCUAAACAGACAGUGACAAGACACGAAGGAUUUUUCUGUUUUUAAAUUAUUUCCCAGACUGGUGCACAGCCUCCCAUUCGAACCAGCUGUUUUUGUUCUGGUCCGUUCUGUAGAUCAAGAUGUUUGUUGCUCAUCUUGUUUCUUUCUACUUCUCCAAACUUCAGGAGGAUCCCACAAAGAAGGUGGACCGGUUUCUUCAUGCCAUGCGUCUCAACGAUGACCAGCUGAAUGAGCUCUCGGCACGUUUUCAGGCUGAAAUGAAGAAGGGGCUUUCUGCAGAAAGCAAUGCAGCAGCAGCUGUAAAAAUGCUGCCAACUCACGUUUGUUCCACUCCGGAUGGAUCAGAGAAAGGUCAGUUCCUGGCUCUGGAUCUCGGAGGCUCCAAGUUUAAGGUGCUCCAGGUUAAAGUAAGAGAAUGUGUGGGCAUUAAAAAGGGAGAUGUGGAGAUGGAGGAGAAGAUCUAUCCAGUACCAGAUGAGCUGCUCACUGGGAGAGCAACAGAGUUAUUUGACCACGUGUCAGAGUCUCUGAAGGAUUUCAUGCAUGAAAAGAACAUCAGUCUGGAAAAAAAACACCCCUUAGCGUUCACCUUCUCUUUCCCGUGCGAUCAGUCCCGUUUGGAUCAGGGAACGUUGUUGAACUGGAGCAAGAACUACAAGGCUCGAGGCCUUCAGGGGAAAGAUGUGGUCCAGGCUCUCAGAGAAGCUGUUGAAAGAACAGAGGGUUUAGAUGUAGAAAUAUUAGCAAUGGUUAAUGACACCGUAGCCACCAUGAUGACCUGUGGGUUUGAUGACUCGUACUGUGAAGUGGGAAUUAUCGUUGGCACCGGCACCAACGCCUGCUACAUGGAGGAACUUCGUCACAUCGACCUGGUGGAGGGAGAUGAGGGGCGGAUGUGUGUGAACACUGAGUGGGGUUCAUUUGGAGAUGAUGGAGCCCUGAAGGAUUUCCUAACUGAGUUUGACAGGGAGGUGGACGCAGCUUCCAGCAACCCAGGAAAACAAAUAUUUGAGAAGAUGGUCAGUGGGAUGCACCUGGGGGAGCUGGUGAGGCUGGUUGUGUUAAAGAUGGCCAAACUAGGAAAGCUGUUUGAUGGACGUGUGUCAGAUGCUCUGAGGACCAAAGGGAAGAUAACCACUGCAGAUGUUGCAGCAAUGGAUGAGUACAGAAACGGUCUUAAAAACACCAAAGAUGUUCUAGAUGAGCUUGAUUUGAACCCAUCAGAUGACGACUGCAUCGCUGUUCAACAUGUCAGCACCAUCGUGUCCUUCAGGUCCUCUAAUCUGGUGGCUGCAGGACUGGCUGCCAUCUUGACUCGAAUCAGGCAAAACCGUAAUAUGGGAGCGCUGAGAAUCACCGUAGGUGUGGAUGGUACCGUGUACAAAACACACCCGCAGUAUCCCAAACGCCUUCACAAAGUGGUGAGGCGGUUGCUUCCCGAGUGCCAGGUUCGAUUUGUCCUCUCAGAAAGCGGCAGCAGCAAAGGUGCUGCCUUAGUAGCAGCAGUUGCACAACGUCUGACAUCACUGAGACGACAGGUUUCUGAGACGCUGUCUCUCUUCAGAUUAAAGGAAGAGCAACUCCAGCUGGUCAAAGCCAGGAUGAGAUCAGGGCUGGACGCAGGACUGAGGAGUAAAAGCUCCUCCACCAUAAAAAUGCUGCCUUCCUUUGUUUACCUCACGCCGGACGGUACAGAGCGUGGGAAAUACCUCGCCUUGGAUCUGGGAGGAACAAACUUCAGAGCUUUGCUUGUGAGAUUUAAAAAGCAGACGUCCAGACUUUAUCAUAAAAUUUACACCAUUCCACUAGAGAUCAUGCAGGGAACUGGGGAGGAGCUGUUUGACCACCUAGCGCAGUGUGUGUGUGAUUUCCUGGACUACAUGGGAUUAAAGAACACCCGUCUUCCUGCAGGUUUCACCUUCUCCUUCCCCUGUGAGCAGUCAGCCAUCGAUACAGGAACGUUGGUGGCCUGGACUAAAGGUUUCAAGGCAACUGACAGUGAGGGACACGAUGUUGUCAGCAUGCUACGAGAGGCCAUCAAGAGGCGCAACGAUAUUGACUUGGACAUAGUAGCAUUAAUCAACGACACAGUCGGGACCAUGAUGAGCUGCGCCCAUGAAGACCAACGGUGUGAAAUUGGGAUGAUCGCUGGAACUGGCACCAAUCUUUGCUACAUGGAGGAACUGAAGAACAUUGAGAAAAUCGAACAAAGAGCCACAAAAACAGAGGAAAAGACGCAGAAAGGGGAGAAGAAUGAGAAUGCUGGUGCAGAAAAAAAUAAAAAAGAUGGCGAGAUGCAAAAGAUGUGUAUAAACACAGAGUGGGGGGGUCUGGGUGAUGACGGCUGUCUGGACGACAUCAUAACGCUUUAUGACACCGAGGUGGACCAAAACUCCAUAAACCAAGGAAAGCAACGGUUUGAAAAGAUGACCAGCGGGAUGUAUUUGGGGGAAGUGGUUCGACAGGUGUUACUGGAUCUAACCAGAAGAGGCCUGCUGUUUAAAGGACACGUCUCUGAAACCUUAAAAACACCUGGGAUAUUUGAGACUAAAUACCUGUCACAGAUAGAGAGUGAUCGCUUGGCUCUGCUGCAGGUCAGGUCCAUUCUGCAGCAGCUGGGCCUCCACGGCACCUGUCAUGACAGCAUCAUAGUCAAGCAUGUUUGUUUAGUGGUGUCACGUCGAGCCGCUCAGCUGUGUGGAGCAGGAAUGGCCGCGGUGGUAGAUAAGAUCAGAGAGAACCGAGGGCUGGACCACCUGGACAUCGCUGUGGGGGUCGACGGGUCUCUCUAUAAACUUCAUCCACAUUUCUCCCAGGUCCUGAAAGAGACGGUGAGAGUCAUGGCUCCUCAGUGUGACGUGACCUUCCAGCCUUCAGAGGAGGGCAGUGGGAAAGGAGCUGCCCUUAUCGCAGCUGUUGCCCGACGCAAGCAAGACGUCUGACUUCCCGUACCUGAAAAACACAGUUACACCAUGUUUAUCAUGUUUUAGUUAAUAUUCUGUAUUUUAUUUUUAUUGAUCUCUGAUGAUGGGAUGGUUCCUGGUUCUCUUACACGACCUUUGCGUGUUGCCACUCUGAAUGAAAGAAUUUUAGGUUAUUUUCUGUCCCAUAAACUAAUCUUUAACCUGUGUUUUCUUGUUAAAUAGGGGUGAUCUUACUUACACAAAGCAGCAUUUGUCAUUUUCCAUCUGCUCACCAUUCAGCUGGUUUUGGCAGGUGAUUUUCCACUGAGAGAAAUUUUUUCUUGCCUGUUUCAUUGCAAACCGUUUCCGUACAGAUCAACACAAGCUGUGUGAAAUAAGACAGCAUCAUCCCAGGCUUCAGACCUGUGAUUAUUUUGGCUCCAAAACUUGUGUUUAGUUUUCAAACCAAAGCGUUCCACUCUCCAGUCCUCAUAAAGGUGAGGGAAACGUCCCAGAGCAGCAGCUGCUCCGGUAGUCCUGCACAGAUUAGACUUAUCUUUGGGCUGAGAGCUUGUUUUUAGAAAAUAUUAUUUAUAAAUCACAUCCUGCAGUCUAUUCAAGGCUAGAACAUCCUUAAAUGUGUGUCCACUUUAUUAGGUACACCUUGCUAGAACCUGGUUGGAAGCCCUUUUCUCAACCCAGCGGCUCCUCGUUGACACCUUGUGUUGCAAACAGACUGUAUAUUCAUGCUCCUGCUGUUCUAUUUUGCCUCAUGCAAUUUUAUUAAUAAACUGAACUUUGUGGAAAGUUAAA